GGCAGCCGCAGACCGGCGUCCCAGCAGGACCAUUGGCUGCUGCUCCUCUUUGAGCCUGGCUCGUCCGCGCCCCGCGAUGGAGCAGCACGCCCGCCAGGAGCGCCAGCUGCCAAGCUCUGCUCACCAGAUAGAAACAGAUGACAGAACAGCCUUGGUUUGUAAACCUAGGACUAAAGGAGGAAACAGUGAUCUCCCAUCAGCUGGUUUUAAUGUUAUCAACUCUAUCAUAGGAUCGGGAAUAAUAGGAUUGCCUUAUUCAAUGAAAGAAGCUGGUUUUCCAUUAGGAGUAUUGCUUUUAGUUGGUGUUGCCUAUAUCACAGAUUAUUCCAUUAUAUUACUGAUUAAAGGAGGAAACCUCUCUGGUACAAACAGCUACCAAGAACUGGUCAAUAAAUCGUAUGGUUUUAUAGGAUACCUAAUUCUCUCAAUACUACAGUUUUUAUAUCCAUUUAUUGCCAUGAUUAGUUACAACAUAAUAACAGGAGACACUUUGACUAAAGUUUUUCAAACAAUUCCUGGAGUUGGUCCAGAUAACUUACUUACUUACCGCCAAGUCAUUAUUCUAUGUAUUACUAUCAUCUUUACCCUGCCUAUGUCUCUCUAUCGUGACAUAGCAAAACUGGCAAAGGUAUCUUUUAUUUCUCUGAUUUUAACAACUGUAAUCCUGAUCAUUGUGAUGAUAAGGACAGCUACCCUUAGCCCACUGGUACCCAAAACAGAGAAUGCCUGGAUAUUUGCAAAGUCUAAUGCAAUACAAGCCAUUGGGGUGAUGUCAUUUGCAUUCGUUUGCCAUCAUAACAGCUUUUUAAUCUAUGGCUCUUUGGAAGAACCCACUCUGAGUAACUGGUCUCGCAUCACUCAUUUGUCUGUCUCACUCGCUCUGUUUGUCAGUGUGGUGUUUGCUGUAUGUGGAUAUGUGACAUUUACUGGCUACACAGAAGGAGAUAUAUUUGAAAACUAUUGCAGAGACGAUGAUCUUGCUACAUUUGGAAGGUUUUGCUAUGGAGUCACUAUAAUCCUGACUUUCCCCAUUGAAUGUUUUGUAACUAGAGAAGUAAUUGCCAAUGUGUUUUUCAGUGGGACCCUUACCACCAUUCUCCAUGUUGCUGUGACAGUAAUUGUUGUUGCUGUAGCCACAAGCAUCUCUUUAGUGUAUGAUUGCCUUGGAAUAGUUUUAGAGCUGAACGGGAUUCUCAGUGCUACUCCACUUGUUUUUAUCAUCCCAACAGCAUGUUAUCUGAAGCUGUCUGAAGAGCGAUGGAACCAUUCAGAUAACCUCAUAUCCGGCCUGAUUCUUACUGUUGGUGUGUUACUGAUGACAGUUGGAUUUGUUAUGACUAUCUUGCAUCCCCAAGAAUGUAGCCAUGGAAAAGAAAUGGUCUACUGCUUCCCUAAUAAUGCCUCUCUUUACAACAGUACCCUUCCACCUUUUUAGCCAAUUUGCCAGUCCUGAGUCUAAAGGGCCUGUCAUCAAUUCAUAAUAGUAUAAAUAUGGCUGGGACAGAGUCCUCUUAUGUUUUCAUACUGACUAAGAAUCUUAAACUGUACAACUAUAUUUGUGUAUCGUGUUUUAUGCUAUUGUCUUUUUCUAGAUGAGAAUUAAGCUUUGACUUUUAAGAUUGCAUUGCAUCAAACCUGACUCUUCAGUAGAGUCUCACUAAAUUGGAUGAAUAACUCGAAAACCAAUUGCUAAGGAUGUAAUUUAGCAAAUUUGCAAAUUAGUAAUCAAAUACAAUUAAAAAACAUAGAUUAGGCAUCUCAAAGUGUACUUUCUCUAGUCAUUUAACAAAUGGAGUUUUAAUUACUUUUGAUAACUCUUCACAGAAUACUAGUAAACAUACUCUAGUAUAUUUUCUAAAAGUCCUGAAACUGUAUUAUUAAGAGACCUAACCAUACCAUUCUGCUAUUAAAUCUUUGCUGAGAAGUGGGGAUAGCCCCACUUCUAUAGUAGUGUAUCUGGCUUAGAGUGAAAAUCACCUUGGUGCAGAGGACCAAUACAAAUGUAAGACCUGUGCAUUUAAAUAGGGUUUAAGUGGGACUUUUAUUGUGCAGAGGACCAACACAGUCUGUGCACAAGUGCAGUUUUACUCAUUGAAUAGUGAAUUACAAGGUUGUUUGCUGUGUUUUUAUUAAAAGGAUUUUAUAUGAAUAAAAUAGCAUUGGUAUUUUUUAAAAUGAUUGACAAUAUAGUCUGCUUUAAAAUCGUUACUAUGAGAUUGACAGAAUAGAAAUUGUAGUUUACAGGAAUCAUAAUUUACCUUAAAUUCAUAAGUGAACUUAUUGCUUAUGAAACCCGAUGGUGAUAAUGCUGUAAUUUGAGCAGGUGCUGUCUGAUCUUCCCCAUGGAUUUCUGCCAGUGAACUUAAAUCUCAAAUUCCAUGUCUCUCUUCAGUACGUUCCAUUUGUUCAGCAGAACUCUACCCCAUCUGAAACAAAUGGCAGAAUCAUAUAAAUGCCCAAGCUCACUUUCAUUUAGAGGAUUUAUAUCAAGGUCUACAGAAGACUAGUGAACUAGGAAGUCACAUGUAAAUAAUGUGAAGGGUGGGCCUGGCUCCCCAUUUUAUUGCUGAGCGCUUGUUUUGCAUCCAGAUCAAAUGGUUUGAUCACCUGCUUGGCUGAAUCUCUGUUUUCAUUAUCUUAAGGUCUUUAUGCUACCUCAGCCAGAGAUGCUUUGAUACUGCUCAACAUUUUCAAACCUGCAUGCAUAAGUUAGGUUUCGAAAUCCAUAUCUAGAAAGCUAAACAGGAGUGGUCUGAUUUUCAGAAUUGCUGAGUCCACCUGCAAGUCCCAUUGACUUCAAAAGAAAACUUCUGGUCAGGAUGUAGGACCUGAGGGCAUGGCUACACUUGCAAGUUAGAGCGCAUUAAAGCAGCCCCAGGUGCCAUAACUCACGACCCGUCCACACUGGCAAGGCACUUAGAGUGCCUGGACUCUGCAGCUGGAGUGCUCCUGGUAAUCCACCUCCACGAGAAGUUUAACACUUGGUGCGCCUUGGCUGAAACGCCCAGGCGUCAGUGUGAACGAGGUGUUGCAUUACUGCGCUGUGAUCAGCCUCCAGAAAUGUCCCAUAAUCCCCUUAAGUCAAGUGGCCACUCUUGUCAUUGUUUGGAAUUGCUGCAGGAAUGCGGAUAUUCCCUUUCAAACCUCCGUUUCUGAAA